UUACCAUGUGAAAUUUAAGACCCAUAAUAAUCAUACACCUCAUACUAUUCCACACCCUUUAUUUCCCUUAAAACACUCAAUCUCAUCAAAUUUCUGUUCAUUUCCAACCUCUCUUCUCCUAGCUUUAGACAUGGGAAAACUCAUAGUUUUCUCACUCAUUGUCUCAAACAUCUUCAUAGGCUUAGCAGUUGCAGCAGAUUGGAGCAUUUUGAAGCCAAAUUUCAGCAAUGGACUCACUGACAGCUUGAAAAGAUACUGUGAGAGUUGGAGGAUCAAUGUAGAGGUGAGAAACAUUAUGGGGUUUGAAGUGGUUCCACAAGAAUGUGUGCAGCACAUUCAACAAUACAUGACAUCUUCUCAAUACAAGGCUGACUCUGAGAAGGCCUUAGAUGAGGUCAAACUUUACCUAAGUAGCUCUUGUACUACUUUGGAAGGUGAUGGUAAAGAUGCAUGGAUUUUUGAUGUUGAUGAUACUAUGCUUUCCACCAUUCCCUACUAUAAAGGACAUGGUUUUGGAGGGAAGAAACGCAAUACAACCUCUUUGGAAUCAUGGAUGAAAAAGAAAAAGGCACCAGCUCUUAAGCACACCCUCAGCAUCUUCCAUGAUAUCAAAGAUAAAGGGCUUAAGAUCUUUCUGAUCUCAUCAAGAAGGGAAGCUCUUAGAUCUCACACCGUUGAUAAUCUCAUCGAUGUUGGAUACCAUGGAUGGUCUGGCCUCUCAUUAAGGGGUUUGGAAGAUGAACAACUUGAUGAGAAAGAGUACAAAUCAGUGGCUAGACAGCGAUUGGUCGAUGAAGGAUACCGCAUAUGGGGAAUCAUUGGAGAUCAGUGGAGCAGCCUCGAAGGGUAUCCAAGUGCAAAAAGAACCUUUAAACUCCCAAACUCUAUUUAUUCUCUGUCUUAAAGCUCUUAAAAACUAUCUUAUUUAUGUUACUAAUCACAAGAUUGUUGGUUGCCCCCACUUUUGCCUUUGUUCUCAUUUUGAUUCCUGCGAAUAUGGAAAGAAAAACUGUCUUUCGGCUUGGUUGUGUUAUAAUACACUUUCUUAAUGAAUGUUCAAAGCAUUAAGUUCUCUGAAUGAA